GAUACAAUAAUUUGUGUUCCCGUCGGCAAUACACUACUGCAGAGGUCCGACAUUUCUCUGUCCAAGUGUCGACUCAACGCCGAGAUAAAUCACCAUUUUUGGUUGAAAAGAAACGUUGGUUAAGUGAAAUCAGAUCAGAUAUGUCGACAGCGACAUACCCACCGCCGCCGCCGUAUUACAGGCUGUAUAAGGACUAUCUUCAAGACCCCAACUCUACUCCUGAACCUCCCCCUCCCAUUGACGGCACCUAUCUCCUCUUUGGUAGCAACUACACUACUGAUGAUGUACUCCCAAGUUUGGAAGAUCAGGGUGUUCGUCAAUUAUACCCAAAAGGGCCUAAUGUUGAUUUCAAGAAAGAACUAAGAGCACUUAACAGAGAAUUGCAGCUACAUAUAUUGGAGCUUGCUGAUGUUCUUGUGGAGCGCCCUUCACAAUAUGCCCGGAGAGUGGAAGAGAUAUCUCUUAUAUUCAAGAAUUUGCACCACCUACUCAAUUCAUUGCGUCCUCACCAGGCUCGAGCUACACUUAUCCAUAUUCUAGAACUUCAAAUACAACGACGUAAACAAGCAAUAGAGGAUAUCAAGCGGAGAAGGGAAGAAGCUCAGAAGCUUUUAAAAGAGGCACUUGGUACCCUCGAGGGACAGUAGCAUGCUCUUCGCACACACAGCUGACACAAAAGAGUUGACAAAUUUCUGGACAAUUAGAGUUUCCAGGAUGCUUUGAAAGCCUAUGUGUUUCUUGUACAUUGGCAAAAGUAGAAAAUAUUAUAUUAGGAUUCAAUUCUAGUGUAGCUAUCUGGUCAUAUUCGGGUUGAGGACAUGUUGAUGGUGGCAUAGAUUGCUGACACUCCAUAACAUGAUCAAACAUUGUUGGAGACUGAUUUCUCCAAGAAAAAAAGAUGUUCUUGUUAGAGACGGGAGAAAGCAACAAAUUGUAUGUUGAUAUGUUCCUUCCUCCUA